AUGUGGUUCGUCGAUUUGAACAAGGCGUAUGAUUCGGUUGACCGAGAGAUGCUAUGGAAGGUGCUGGCGAGGGCCGGGAUUCCCGCGAAGCUGAUCGAAGUCAUCCGCCAAUUCCACGAUGUAAUGCGGGCCCGGGUGCGCAUGGACGACGGAGAACUAUCGGACUGGUUCUUCGUGACACAGGGCGUGCGACAAGGAUGUGUACUAUCCCCACUGCUGUUCACCAUCUUCUUCGCCGAGGUCCUCAAGGUCGUUNAAGUCAUCCGCCAAUUCCACGAUGGAAUGCGGGCCCGGGUGCGCAUGGACGACGGAGAACUAUCGGACUGGUUCUUCGUGACACAGGGCGUGCGACAAGGAUGUGUACUAUCCCCACUGCUGUUCACCAUCUUCUUCGCCGAGGUCCUCAAGGUCGUUGCCAUCCGAUUCAGCGAGGAUGAUGUUGUUCUGCGGAGCCUGGUGUGCUUGGAGGAGGGGAAGACGGAAGCGGGGGGGGGGAGGAGACACCCCUUGACCGAGUGCGGAGGGCAGCAUGGGGGAUGCUGUAUGCCGAUGAUGCCGGCGUUGUAUCGAGGUCUGCAGAAGGACUGGCGAGAAUGAUGAUCAUCAUCGUUGAGGUGUUCGGGGAGUUCGGGCUAGCGGUGUCGGAGAAGAAGACGGAGACGCUCCUGAUGCGCGCAAAGGACAAGCCGACUACAACAUCACAGCCCGCCCCGCCUCCACCACUGACCAUCGAGCCGCGGGACAGAAAUACGCCCAGACGACCGAGUUCCGGUACCUCGGUGGCCUCGUCAACAACAUGGCGACCUCACCCGGGAGAUCAACUACAGGAGCAGAGGAGCGUGGGCGUGCCUCAGGCGAUAUGGCCGGGAGCUCUUCGACAGACCGCAAGCGCCAUUCCGACUCAAGAUCCGCCUGCUCCAGGCGGAGGCGAUGGAGGCACUGCUGUACGGUUGCAUGACAUGGUCACCACUC